GUCUGUCAAUCCUCUUCGGCCCCGCCCCGCCCUCCUCUCGCCGUUCCCUCUCGUCGGCCUCGGCGCGGCCCGUUGUUAUGACGACACGGUCGUAAAUCCGCCAUCUUCCUGCGGCGCGUUGCGACAUGGAGGGCGCGAUGGCAGUGCGGGUGACGGCCGCUCAUACGGCAGAAGCCCCGGCCGAAGCCGGGCGGGAAGCGGGCGAGGGCGGGGUUGCGGCGGCGGCGGCUGCCUUGGCACCCGGCAGCUUCCUCGGCCUCCCGGCGCCCUUCAGCGAGGAAGAUGAGGAUGAUGUGCACAGAUGCGGCCGCUGCCAGGCAGAGUUCACUGCUUUGGAGGACUUUGUUCAGCACAAGAUUCAGAAGGUCUGCCAGCGGGCCCCUCAGGAGGCCCUGCCCGCCACCCCUGCCACCACAGCAUUGCUGGGCCCAGAGGUGGUGCCGGCGGCGCCAGGCCCAGAGGAGCCCAUCACUGUGGCCCACAUCGUGGUGGAGGCAGCCUCCCUGGCAGCAGACAUCAGCCACGCACCCAACCUCGUUGGUGGUGGGCACAUCAAAGAGGUUAUCGUGGCUGCUGAGGCAGAGCCAGGGGACAGCGAGAUGGCCGAGGCCCCGGGCAGCCCCCACCCUCAGGGGCUGGGGCUCACAGGGGACAGCGAGCAGGCCCAGGUGAAGCUCCUGGUGAACAAGGACGGCCGCUACGUGUGUGCGCUGUGCCACAAGACCUUCAAGACGGGCAGCAUCCUCAAGGCCCACAUGGUCACUCACAGCAGCCGCAAGGACCACGAGUGCAAGCUCUGCGGGGCCUCCUUCCGCACCAAGGGCUCGCUCAUCCGGCACCACCGGCGGCACACGGAUGAGCGCCCCUACAAGUGUUCCAAGUGUGGGAAGAGCUUCCGGGAGUCAGGUGCGCUGACUCGGCACCUCAAGUCUCUCACCCCCUGCACGGAGAAGAUCCGCUUCAGUGUGAGCAAGGACGCGGCUGUCAGCAAAGAGGACGCGCCUGCAGGGUCUGGAGCUGGAACUGCAGCCUUGGGGACAGUCACAUCACCGGUGACAGGCGAGCCCCUAGAGACCUCACCUGUGAUUCACCUGGUGACAGAUGCCAAGGGCACCGUCAUCCACGAAGUCCACGUCCAGAUGCAGGAGCUGCCCCUGGGCAUGAAAGCCCUGGUCCCAGAGCCCCCCAUCUCCCAGGAGCUCCCCUGCUCCAGCGAGGGCAGCCGUGAGAACCUGCUGCACCAGGCCAUGCAGAACUCUGGCAUCGUCCUUGAGCGUGCUGCGGGGGAGGAGGGUGCCCUGGAGCCAGCCCCUGCUGCCGGGUCCAGUCCCCAGCCCCUGGCAGAGGCAGCCCCGCAGGUGCCGGUACUGGAAGUACAGCCGCUGGAGACACAGGUGGCCAGCGAGGCCUCAGCGGUGCCCAGGACCCACCCAUGUCCUCAGUGCAGUGAGACCUUCCCGACAGCAGCCACCCUGGAGGCCCACAAGAGGGGCCACACCGGACCAAGGCCGUUCACCUGCACGCAGUGUGGCAAGGCCUUCCCCAAGGCCUACCUGCUCAAGAAGCACCAGGAGGUGCACGUGCGUGAGCGCCGCUUCCGCUGCGGGGACUGCGGGAAGCUGUACAAGACCAUUGCCCAUGUGCGCGGCCACCGGCGCGUCCACUCAGACGAGCGGCCCUACCCUUGUCCCGAGUGCGGCAAGCGCUACAAGACCAAGAACGCGCAGCAGGUGCACUUCCGGACACACCUGGAGGAGAAGCCACACGUGUGCCAGUUCUGCAGCCGGGGCUUCCGAGAGAAGGGCUCACUGGUGCGGCAUGUGCGGCACCACACAGGCGAGAAGCCGUUCAAGUGCUACAAGUGUGGCCGGGGCUUCGCGGAGCACGGCACGCUGAACCGGCACCUGCGCACCAAAGGGGGCUGUCUGCUGGAGGUGGAGGAGUUGCUGGUGUCCGAGGAGAGCCCUGCGGCAGCCACUACUGUCCUCACGGAGGACCCGCACACGGUGUUGGUGGAGUUCUCGUCCGUGGUGGCUGACACCCAGGAGUAUAUCAUCGAGGCCACUGCGGAUGAUGCAGAAACCAGCGAGGCCACGGAGAUCAUUGAGGGCACCCAGACGGAGGUGGACAGCCACAUCAUGAAAGUGGUGCAGCAGAUCGUGCACCAGGCCAGUGCUGGCCACCAGAUCAUCGUGCAGAACGUCACCAUGGAUGAGGAGACGGCGCUGGGCCCAGAGGCAGCUGCCGCCGACACCAUCACCAUCGCCACUCCCGAAAGCCUGACGGAGCAGGUGGCCAUGACGCUGGCCUCGGCCAUCAGUGAGGGCACUGUACUCGCUGCCCGAGCAGGGGCAAGUGGCACUGAACAGGCCACUGUGACCAUGGUGUCAUCAGAGGACAUAGAGAUCCUGGAGCACGCGGGCGAGCUGGUCAUCGCCUCGCCAGAGGGCCAGCUGGAGGUGCAGACAGUCAUCGUCUAGCAUGGGGCCUGUGGGGACCCAGCAGGGCAGGGACAGGGCAGAGGACUCUGAGUGCCCCACCCAUGCCUGCCUGGCAAAGAAGAUGGCACAGAAUGGCAGUGCCCCGAGAUGGGCAGUGUACAUAAGUUUCUUGUUGCUUUACAAUAAAACAUGAGAACCUGCA